ACUUUCUGCAUCUUCUUCUCAAAUCCUUCAUCUCUCUCCUUCUUCAUUUUCUCUCUCUAUACAUACAUAUAUAAUAUAUAUAUAUAUAAACGUACUGAGAGACCACCAGUAAUGGGGGCGUACAGAUCGGACGACGAUUACGAUUAUUUGUUCAAGGUGGUGUUGAUCGGCGAUUCCGGCGUCGGAAAAUCUAAUCUUCUAUCCAGAUUUACACGUAACGAGUUCAGUCUAGAGUCGAAGUCAACGAUCGGCGUUGAAUUUGCUACUCGUAGCAUUCGUGUUGAUGAUAAGGUCGUCAAGGCUCAGAUUUGGGAUACUGCCGGUCAGGAACGAUAUCGUGCAAUCACAAGUGCCUACUAUCGAGGAGCUGUUGGAGCAUUGCUUGUCUAUGAUGUCACCCGUCAUGUAACUUUUGAGAAUGUAGAGAGAUGGUUAAAAGAGCUCCGAGAUCACACAGACUCUAGCAUCGUCAUAAUGCUGGUGGGUAACAAGGCAGAUUUGCGUCAUCUGCGUGCUGUUUCAACUGAGGAUGCCCAGGCAUUUGCAGAGAAGGAAAGUACAUUUUUCAUGGAAACAUCCGCUUUGGAGUCCAUGAACGUUGAAAGUGCCUUCACAGAAGUGCUCACUCAAAUACACCGCGUUGUUAGCAGGAAAGCUCUUGAAGUAGGAGAUGACCCAGCAGCACUUCCCAAGGGGCAGACGAUUAAUGUAGGAGGUAAGGAUGAUGUUUCUGAAGUAAAGAAAGCUGGGUGCUGUUCUGCUUAGAACAAAGAGUAAUCUAAACCGCGGACAAGAUUCUUUUUGUUUUGAGCUGAAUUUCACAUGACAUUUGUACUUCAACCUCUAACCACAUGAAUUGCUUAGCACUAAUAGCUUUAUUCACUGGACAACCCCCAAGAUUGAAUAUCCAAAUUAGCUUUAUUCAUAGCAUUCUUUAUCCUUGUUUCUGUA